AUGGCACUGGAUGCCCAGUAUCUGAGGGAUCUCUUCCAGAGCCUGGUUGUGAGGAUACACUUGAGUUUAGCCACAGCCAGUGACACCCAGUCCAGUGGGAAACUCGGCCGAGCUCUGCUCUCUUCUCUAUCCCACAGACUACACAUCCAACCCACAGCCGGUCCACACCAUACCCAACAUACACCCCAAACCACACCCUCCUUCGUUUUAAUUCACAGCACCAUUUUAUGUACAGUGUUCAAUUUUUCAUGCUUGCACUGUGUCUGUAUCUGGCUGUGUUUGUGUGUCUGUCUGUUGUUGUUAAGGAGGUGGAGGUGGCUUUUAGUGAGGAGCAUGUGUCAGUGUUGCUGGAUGUCAGGGGACGUGCAGGGGACAGUUCUGUACCUGCUGGAGCAGACCGCUCCUUCCAGCUGGUUACCGACCCAUCUUCUCUGACACCCUGGUGCCUACUCCUAGCAUGCCAUUCUGUCUGCCUACUGCCAAGUGUGCCUCACUAG